GACGUGGCGCCGCCGCGGGCCCGGCCCUUCUUCCGGCUGAGCUGGAGGCCUUGUGAACAGCUUUGGACCCAGCCGAGCGGGACUGAGGGACCGGCAGCCGCUCAAUCCCGUGGCAGAUUUAGGAGAUGCCUGGGACAGGGAGGCCACCUUCUUCAGGCAAAAGGAAAAGGAGGUGACAAACGUUGAGACUACUGAAGGGAACCCAUGGCUAGGAUCAGUUUUUCUUACCUCUGCCCAGCCUCCUGGUACUUCACUGUUCCGACAGUAAGCCCAUUUCUCCGUCAACGGGUGGCAUUCCUGGGAGUAUUCUUCAUAUCCUGUCUCCUUUUACUUAUGUUAAUCAUGGACUUUCGACAUUGGGGUGCUUCAUUACCAAGCGAUAGGCUAUACGAAAGGUAUUUGGCUCGGGUAGGGGAGCUUGAAGCUACUGACACUGAAGACCCAAAUUUGAAUUAUGGACUCGUGGUAGACUGUGGUAGCAGUGGCUCCAGGAUUUUUGUUUAUUUUUGGCCAAGACAUAAUGGGAACCCCCACGACUUGCUGGACAUCAAACAGAUGAGAGACCGCAGCAGCCAACCUGUGGUUAAAAAAAUCAAACCAGGAAUCUCUGCAAUGGCAGAUACUCCAGAACAUGCCAGUGAUUACCUUCGUCCUCUUCUGAGCUUUGCUGCUGCUCAUGUACCUGUGAAGAAACACAAGGAGACACCCCUUUAUAUCCUCUGCACCGCAGGCAUGAGGCUUCUUCCUGAGAGGAAGCAGUUGGCUCUCUUGGCUGACUUAGUGAAAGAUUUACCGUUGGAGUUUGACUUCCUCUUUUCUCAGUCACAGGCAGAAGUGAUCUCCGGGAAGCAAGAAGGGGUUUAUGCAUGGAUUGGUAUCAACUUUGUUUUGGGAAGAUUCGACCAUGAGGAUGGUUGUGGUAAUAUUAGUAUGGCGGAAGGGAUGGCCAGUGAUGCUAAGGGUCCAGGAAGGAGAACUAGGCGGGAAGAAGCUGCCAAGACCCUACUGGCUGAAUUCAACCUGGGCUGUGAUGUACAACACACUGAACACGUGUACAGGGUUUAUGUCACAACCUUUCUGGGUUUUGGAGGCAAUUUUGCCCGGCAGCGCUAUGAAGAUCUUGUGCUGAAUGAAACAUUUAACAAAAACAGAUUGCUGGGCCAGAAGACAGGCUUGAGUCCUGACAAUCCGUUUCUGGACCCCUGCCUGCCUGUGGGACUGACAGAUGUGAUGGAGAGAAACAGCCAGGUCCUGCAUAUCCGAGGAAAGGGAGACUGGGCAACUUGUGGGCUGAUGCUGAGCCCUCUGCUUGCUCGCUCCAACACCAGCCAGGCUUCACUGAAUGGCAUUUACCAAUCACCAAUUGACUAUAACAACAGCGAGUUCUAUGGCUUCUCAGAGUUCUUUUACUGUACAGAAGAUGUGUUGCGCAUAGGUGGCCGUUACCAUGGGCCAACAUUUGCCAAGGCUGCUCAGGAUUACUGUGGCAUGGCUUGGUCAGUACUAACUCAGAGAUUCAAGAAUGGCCUCUUUUCUUCACAUGCAGAUGAGCAUCGACUCAAAUAUCAAUGUUUUAAGUCAGCUUGGAUGUACCAAGUCCUACAUGAAGGAUUCCACUUUCCCUAUGACUACCCAAACCUGCGGACAGCCCAGCUGGUGUAUGACCGAGAAGUUCAGUGGACAUUGGGAGCAAUUCUCUAUAAAACCCGAUUCUUACCACUCAGGGAUCUUCGACAGGAAGGCGCCCGACAAGUCCAUGGUAACUGGUUCCGUCUCUCCUUUGUCUACAACCAUUACCUAUUUUUUGCCUGUAUCCUAGUGGUGCUACUGGCCAUUAUACUGUACCUUCUGCGGCUCCGCCGAAUUCACCACCGACAAACUCGAGCCUCAGCUCCCCUGGACUUGCUGUGGAUUGAAGAGGUGGUGCCAAUGAUUGGGGUACAGGUGGGACCAUGAGGCUGGACCAGAACUGAAGAAACUAAAGUAUCCCAGAGUUGCUGCUCAUUGAAUUCCUCCACUUUUUUUUUGUACUGGCCUCAGAUGCUGCUUUGACCUUGGAAUUUCUACUUUAAUUUCCAUUUUAAUUCCUUAGUACCCAGGUCCUCUUCUCAGAGAGAAACUAUAGUUUAUUCUGUGAGGAACUACAUGAUUAGAGAUUGGUGCUAACAAAGGUGACCAAGAUUAGUCCAAUUGAAGCAUGCUUCUGUAUCUCAGAGAUCUGGUGUGUUCCUGGGAUCUAGUAAUUUCCCCCUUGCUAAAGCAUCAAGUUUGGCAUUGGGCAUAGUGGAAGCUUGGUUGAAACCAAAUGUGAAGCAUCUGAACUAAAACCAGACAUUCUAGCAAGUGCAGCAGCCCCUUCUUUCUCUGUAACAGAGAUAGCAUUUUGUGGACAUCCACAGCCUUUAAUAGGGAUCCAAGAUCUGUGCAGUUCGGUGGACCAUAUAGGAAUUUCCAAGCAACCAAAAUGAUACGACUUCCUUGCUUACUUGACAAAGAAGCCAUUGUGGGUAUGAUCUAAGACCCCUGACAGUGUUGGUGGUGGUCUGUGUUUUAAAAGAUUUAGAAUCCUUUCUAAAUGGAUGGUCCAUUAAAAUCUUAAACCAUAUUUUAUAUGAUGUGUGGUCUGACUAGGCUAGGAAAUGUUCCCAUGUCUAGGUGCCUCACAGGCUGUUUGGGCAUUAAUUUUGUUUUUUGAGCCUUAAAUGUGCUUCUAGGAUGGAGAAACUGUUAUGUUUGUCUGGUUUCAAGAACCUGUCCCAUAGGCAUAUUUUUAUAUACAGCUUCAAAGAGAGUUACUUAAUUUUAUUGCUAAGAUCAAUAUGUAGUUUGGAAAAGGAUAUAUUUGGGUUAUUUAUAAAGACAAGAAGAAUAGUAUCAAGAGAGUGGACAAAGGCAUAAAAUCAAAGCUUUAAAAAAAGUUUUUUUUUCUUAAUUUCUGACUCUUAGAAUGUCUGAAAGACAGCAAAUGCUAAACUUUGGAAUAAAUAGAUAAAUUUCCUAAGAAGCCACCUGGCAGCUUCCAGAACAUCUAUUAAAAGAUUGCUUAGUCACAGUGAGCACUUCCAUUAUAGUGAGGAGAGGAAAAGCCAUAAUAAUUACAUUUUCAUCCACUACCCUUUAUCUGUGCUUCUCUUCUACAUUUAGCUUUCCCAUUGCAUGAGGAUUUUUCAUCAACUUUCACCUUCCCCCAUAGAUUCUUCUUUAUGCAUUACCUUUUCUUAUAGGAAGGUAUAGCCAUAGCCACGAGUGUCUUUCCAUGAAUAUGCUUCCAAGAUGAUUAAAGUAGCUUUCCAUGUGUGUGUGUAGUGCUGGGGACUGAACCAAGGGCCUUGCACAUAUUAGGCAAGCACUCUAUCACUGAGCUACAUCCCCAGCGCCUCUGAUUUCUAGGAUUAGAUAAACAGAGAAAGUGGUCUCUGACUUCAAAGAAUAAAAGUGUAACUCUUCAAAAAUAAAUUUCAUACUGAGAGCAAAAAGGAUUUAAAUCCUUCAUAAAACAGUGAAAAAGAAAUUAAAGAUCCUCCUAGAAAUAAGGCUGAGACAAAAAUAAGUACACUGACUAAAUUAGUAGGUGAAAGGUGGUAAGUCUUGAAUUGUUUUCAAAUUAGAUAAAAUAUAUCUUACCUUUCAUUGGGGCUUAUAUCACAGAAUUUCCUUUAAUUUUAAGACUUCAUUUCCCUUUACUUAUUAUUGCAUUCUAUGAUCCUUUGUCUUGUGAAUGUUGUUUAAGAAUGUCAAAAUGUUUUUGCUAGCCAUGCCUACUCAGGUAACUUUUUCUCUUCACUUCACCAUGGUUUCCAAAUACUACUAUUUUUCACUUCCUUAGCAGAUCUAGUCAAUGAUCUAGUCAAAAGCUAUGUGAUUGACUGUGAUCAUAGUUGUGUGCUUAAGCUGAAGUUGAAGCAGGGAGGUAAUGAUGAGUCCAAUUUUAAAGCUCUUAUUAGAAAAGGUAUCUUUCAUCCUUGUAAUAAAAGUUGUCAUUUGUUAAGCAAUUAUGUACAAGAUACUCUUUUAAGAAUUUUAUGUGUGUUAUUUAAUCAUUGCAACCUUGCAGAUUGAUACUGUGUUCUUUUUAUAGUUGAGAAUCUCAGGAUACUUGUUUAUCAUUUUUUCAAUAUAAAUAUAUUUCUGAUUCUUAUUUUAA